CAGCUGCGGCCUAGAGCCCACAGGAGGCACCAGCUGCUGGGGCUCAGGAAAGGUCUCUAGGCAGUAGCCAUGGCCUGGCCACCUUCCUACUGGCUCUGCCUGCUGGGGACCUUGGUAGGGCUCUCGGCUACCUCAGCUUCCAAGAGCUGUCCAGCCAGACAUUACUGGACUCCGGAAGGACUCUGCUGCCAGAUGUGCAAGCCCGGUACUUUCCUUAUGAAAGACUGCAGCCAGAACAGAACAGCUGCCCAGUGUGGUUCGUGCCUACCGGGUAUCUCCUUCUCUGCAGACUACCACGCCCGGCGCCACUGUGAGAGCUGCAGGCAUUGUAACUCUGGUCCUCUCAUUCGCAACUGUACAGUCACUGCCAACGCCGAGUGCGCCUGCUCCAAGGGCCUGGAGUGCAGGGACAAGGAAUGUAUGGAGUGUGACCCUCCUCUAAAGCCUGCGCUGACCACACGGCCGUCGGAGGCCUUGGGCUCACACCCUCCACCCACCCACCUGCCUUAUGCCCAAGUGAUGCCAGAGGCCAGGACGAUCUGGCCCGCACACACCAGGCAGCCUCCCAACUCAGCUCUCUACACCCACUGGCCAUCCCGAAGACCCCUGUGCAGUUCCGACUGUAUCCGAAUCUUCGUGACCUUCUCCAGCAUGUUUCUUGUCUUCAUCCUGGGAGGAAUCUUGUUCUUCCAUCAAAGAAGGAAUCAUGGAUCAAAUGGAGAUGACCAGGCAGAACCUGAAGAGAUCUGUCCUUACAGCUGCCCCAGGGAGGAGGAGGGCAGUGCCAUCCCCAUCCAAGAAGACUACCGGAAACCUGAGCUUGCUUUCUACCCUUGAGCCAGCACGGCGUGGGGUCCUUUCCACUGAGGCGCCAUCCAGGGGAUCUCCCCUACCAUCUACCAUCGUCAUCAGAACCCUUUCCUGUGUACACGUGACACACCGCCCUUCUGAGCCUGAUAGUGACAAGAACAGGAUCCCCAUUGUGUGGUCAGCAAUCUUGGGGAGGCCCAGGCUCUAGCUGGAAAACACACUUCAUAUAAAUGAAUCCCCCUGGCUGGCAAAAUUACAUGCUAAGGGUGAAAACGGCCUGUGAAGGACUGGAGAGAUGGCUCAGUGGUGAAGAGCACAUAUUGUCCUUCCAGAGGACCAGAGUUUGAUACCCAGAACCAGCAGGGGCCUCAACACCACCCAUAACUCCAGCUUCAGGGAAUCCGACACCUUCGACCUCCUCUGCCAUCUACAAGUGCAGAACAUUCAGACACACAGACACAUGAUUAAAAAUAAAAUUAAAAAAAAAAUUGACUAGGCCACCAGCAGAAGACCCACAGAAGCCCUGGGGCCGGCAGGUCUCACCUGCCACCAAGGACACUAUCUGCAGACACAUAUACAUACUUCCUGCUUUGGUUCCAUCUUCUCGGGAAGUUGUGACACUGUCGUGGGCAAA